AACAUUGCAACUUGCAACCUUGUGUGUACUUUGCGCAGCACGAUUUGAAAUAGGAAAGAGCUUUGGAAAAAGUUUUUUAUUCUGUUGCAUUGAAAGUUUUCUAAGUUGUAAAGGCUAUGAUGCCCGACUUCCAGAACUAUUUCACCUUUUCGAGCAACGUCCAAAAUCUCCUCUUUGAAAACCUGUCUGCAAAUUCGGAUGGAGGUAUGUUUGGACUUUGUAUGGGUGUUGCAGUUUUUACUUUUCUAUAUGAAGCUGUGAAAGCUCUCCGGCAUUAUUUAGUGAUCUUGCAAAUGAGGCAGAGAAGCAAUAAUCCCCCUAAGUCUCCCCAGCAUUUUCUAUAAAAACCCCUAUGUAUUUUCCAUAGUUAUCUUGAAAAAAAAACUUCUCAAAAAUUUUUAAAAAACCCAAAAUUUCAUGUGCUACAAACUAUGUUACAUAUGCUUCAACUUACGAUGGGGUACAUGGUAAUGUUAAUUGUAAUGAGUUUCAAUGCAUGGUUCAUAAUUGUGGUUAUCAUUACGACUGCGCUUUGCUUUUAUUUCCAUGAAUUUGUUUUGUCCCGCAAGUCUAUGAUAUUGCCUGUGGAAAUACCAGGGAACAGCCUAUAA